AUGUCACAAAGUUUUAUUAACUUCUACUUAUCUGUAAAGAAUGUAUCAGUAAAACUAAUUGGGAACGCCAUUGAUCAAGCAGAAGAUAGCACUUCUAAAACAAACUUUGAAGAAGAUCCCGCUAAUGAACAGGAAACACCUGGAAAAAUGUUGGAUGCCACAACGCCCAUAACUGUUUUAAAUAGACAAGAAAACAAAUUAACCAAUCUAGGCAAGAAAAAGAACAAGCUGGAAGAAAUAAUAUUAGUGUCUUCUUUUGACACCGAGUCAGAGGAGGAAGAAGAAGUAGUCUUAAAUGACGAAGAAGAGACUGAAAACGAUUUAGAUUAUGAAAACAAAUGUGCUGGGUGCAAAGAGGAUUACAGGAUCACCAAGGAAAAAGAAGAUUGGAUUAGGUGUCUCAUAUGUAGCCGCUGGUUGCACGAAGGAUGCACAUGCCUGUCUUCUAUGCGGAAAACCCAGCGAUAA